AUGGACCAAGCACAUGAAGACGUGGAGGAGGCAGUAGCUGACAGUCUCGCUGGUGCUGCGGAGAUGGACCAAGCGCGUGACGAAUCAGAGGAGAGUGUAGCUGACAGUCUCACAGAUGAUGACAGGAUGGAACAAGCACAUGAAGACGUGGAGGAGGCAGUAGCUGAGAGUCUCUCUGGUGCUGCGAAGAUGGACCAAGCACGUGACGAAUCAGAGGAGAGUGUAGCUGACAGUCUCACAGAUGAUGACAGGAUGGACCAAGCACAUGAAGACGUGGAGGAGGGAGUAGCUGAGAGUCUCGCUGGUGCUGCGAAGAUGGACCAAGCACGUGACGAAUCAGAGGAGAGUGUAGCUGACAGUCUCACAGAUGAUGACAGGAUGGACCAAGCACAUGAAGACAUGGAGGAGGGAGUAGCUGAGAGUCUCGCUGGUGCUGCGAAGAUGGACCAAGCGCGUGAGGAAUCAGAGGAGAGUGUAGCUGCCAGUCUCACAGAUGAUGACAGGAUGGACCAAGCACAUGAAGACAUGGAGGAGGGAGUAGCUGAGAGUCUCGCUGGUGCUGCGAAGAUGGACCAAGCACGUGACGAAUCACAGGAGAGUGUAGCUGCCAGUCUCACAAAUGAUGACAGGAUGGACCAAGCACAUGAAGACGUGGAAGAGGGAGUAACUGAGAGUCUCGCUGGUGCUGCGAAGAUGAACCAAGCACGUGACGAAUCACAGGAGAGUGUAGCCGACAGUCUCACAGAUGAUGACAGGAUGGAACAAGCACAUGAAGACGUGGAGGAGGGAGUAGCUGAGAGACUCGCUGGUGCUGCGAAGAUGGACCAAGCACGUGACGAAUCACAGGAGAGUGUAGCUGACAGUCUCACAGAUGAUGACAGGAUGGACCAAGCACAUGAAGACGUGGAGGAGGGAGUAGCUGAGAGUCUCGCUGGUGCUGCGAAGAUGGACCAAGCACGUGACGAAUCACAGGAGAGUGUAGCCGACAGUCUCACAGAUGAUGACAGGAUGGAACAAGCACAUGAAGACGUGGAGGAGGGAGUAGCUGAGAGACUCGCUGGUGCUGCGAAGAUGGACCAAGCACGUGACGAAUCACAGGAAAGUGUAGCUGACAGUCUCACAGAUGAAGACAGGAUGGACCAAGACCAUGAAGAAAUAGAGGAGUUGGCAGCGGAGACUCAAAUGGAUACUGCCAAGAUGGAGCAAGGUUAUGAAGGGGAGGCAGCUGAGAGUCUCAGCAGCCAUCCUUCGGGUGCCAUUUCCACCCAAUGA